AUGGCACAGAUAUUGUACGGCAUCCCAGGCUAUGAGGAGAUGAACCAAAUCUGGGGUACAGUGUAUUUGGGUUCAUAUGAGGCCACAAAAAAUCUACCCAAACUUCAAAAACACAACAUACAGACAAUACUGACAGUAAUGCACACAGAGAUAUCGGCGGCCGAUAGACACCCGACAGUGAAAUACCAUUAUAUACCGGCGCACGACUUGGAAACUCAGGACCUGUUGACCCGAUUCCCGGAAGCCUUCGCCAUCAUAGACGCGGCCGUCACCGCAAAGACUGGCAUUUUGGUGCACUGCGCGGCCGGCAUAUCCCGAUCGGCCACUAUUGUCAUCUCAUAUCUGAUGAAAAAGCUCGGGUUGACUGCGGCCGCGGCCCACGAUUUGUGUCAAAGACAGCGUACGAUAAUCGGUCCCAACGAUAGCUUUCUGGACCAACUGAACCUCUACGGGCAGAUGGGAUGCCGUCUGGACAGCAAUCACCUGCCGUAUCAGCAAUACUUACUAAACCUCAAUCAACCUAAUUGA